AUGUUUGCUUAUUUUUCUGAUAUAGAUGAUUAUUUCAAUAAUGUUGAGAGAAAAGAUAGGAAGUUCUUAAAUCAUCACUCUAAUUUCCCAACCAAGAUUACCAUGUGUGCAACAAACAAGAUUAGAUGUGUCAAUCUAAGUGGUAGAAAAGGAUUAAAUACUUGCGUUAAAAAAUUGAAAACUAACCGAAUCAAACUAAAGCUGAAGAACCGUGCAAUCAAUGAGUUCAUCCCACAUACUCCUAAAAAGUCUAAAAAGAUAAAAAUAUUUACAUCAGAAAUAAAGAUAAGAAAACAAAAGCGUGCUUGAGACCCAUAUUCCUCAUCAUUCGUCAAAAAGACUAAAUCCCAACAAAAAUCCCAAAAUGACAGCAGAAGCUCUUCUUCGAUCAAACACCCUAUUUUCCAAGCUAUCCAACUUUACAACCAAUAUCACUCUCAAAUAAGCCAAAGCCACACCCCUCCCUCCUACGAGCAGUACACUCCCAGCUCCCUUGACUUCCUUAAAGCGUUCACAACCCCCACUCAAACCAUCUCAAAACCCAUCACCCAAAGAUCUCUCUCAAAACCCUCUGCACGGACACUCAAAACAGCCAAAAUUCCAAACAGGCCCAUUAAGACCCCGCAGAAGGGCUCUUCGGAGCCCUUCUGCGGGGCCAAGGAUUAUAUCAGAAUAAUCCAAGAGGGUUCUUCUGCAUGUCUGAAGCCCAGACUUGGAAGAAUUAUCAGAAGAUCUGAUCAUAUUUCCUAG